AUGUCUGAACGGAGCAAUUAUUCCUACAACGGGCCACGACCCAAUCCGCUGUACGGCGGCCCGAAGGCCUCCAAAGCCACCAGCUCUAGCAGCCAGAACCCCACGUGGGUGCGUCGCGAGCCAUCCGCGUCGCACGCAUAUAGCGACUCGAACUGCUCCCCCGGUGCCUCGCCCGCACGCAGCAACCGCAGCGGCGGAGGGCCGUACUACGCGCCGCAGUAUGAAAACCCGGGGUACACAGUCGAGACUCCAGGACACUAUAACGGGUUCGGAACGGGCCCCGGUUCCGUCGGCGGAAGCUCCAUUCCUGCUGCGUCGCCGUAUCGCCCCACCGCGUCUUAUUUCGUGCAGACGCCCGCGCAUUCCGAUCGCGCGGGGCUGUUCAGCUCGCCCGGGUCGUCCGCCCCGUCGUCGCCACGCUUCGGCGACGAAGACGCGCGGAGCAUGCGAUCCGGGCGAGGAGGCGCGUCCGUUGCUAUCAACGGCGGCGACGGCGACGACGACUGCGACGAUUUUUACCCUGAUCACCUGCGCGACGCGGACCGGCGACGCAAGUGGUGGAUCGCAUUCUGGGCGUACUCGUCGCUGAUCGUCGGAUUGCUGCUGGUCGCAGGCGCUAUCGUAUGCUAUAUCGUCUUCCAACCGACGGAACCAACGUACACUUUCGACUACGCGGCGGUGAACCAGUUUAGUGUAUACCAGGACAUGCUCGACGGUAACGGAAUGGCAACGGACCAUCUGUACGCCAACAUGACGUUCAUCUUCUCUAUCCGCAACCCCAACACGCGGUUCAAUACGUGGUUCGACGGCGGCGAUCUCUCCAUCAGCUAUCACAACAUGGCGAAUAUCAUGAAGACAACACUGCCGACCUUCCAGCAGGAGCAACUCGAGUGGUCCAGUUUCAACCGCUCGCUCUCAACCAUGGCGUUUCCGCUCUACGCGGGGGGGACGUUCAUGCGCGCGGACAUGGCGGAGCAGUUCGUUCCGCUGAAGCUGAACGCGACGCUCAACAGCCACGUGGACGUGCUGUGGAAGAUCAUCCAACCGAAAUACGCUCAGCUGCUGGAGUGUGUGGUUCACAUUAACCCCGCGUCUCUACAGUACAUUAAUGAUACGUGCACGCUUACAAUGCUUAGCAAGAAAUUGUAG